AUGUUUAUACUCUUCUAACAUAAAUAUGUUUCUAUUGCUUUUCAUGUAUCCAAUCUUAAAAAAAAUGUAAAUUCAAACUUUCUCAAUUUCAAAUCUUAAUAAUCCGAAUAUGAAUAGAACCUGAUCAUGUACUUAGAUUGGAGUUCUGUUAACCUUAAUUUAAAAAACUGAAGUGAAUGUACAAAAUUCCUCAGCAUCAGUAACCAGCAGUUUCUAUAAUGUCUUUUAUUGUUAGCAUUUUGUUUUUAUGGGUCUGUUCAACAUCAGUUUUUCUCCAAUCUUCUCAAGUUGAGGCUCGACAUACAAAUAAUUGGGCAGUUCUGGUUGAUACCUCAAGAUUUUGGUUCAACUACAGACAUGUGGCAAAUGUCCUUUCGAUUUAUAGGAGUGUCAAGCGUUUGGGAAUACCAGAUAGUCAAAUAAUAUUGAUGGUUGCUGAUGAUAUGGCUUGUAACCCCCGAAAUCCAAGGCCUGCCACUGUAUUCAAUAAUGCCAACCAGCAUAUCAAUGUUUAUGGAGAUGAUGUAGAAGUCGAUUAUAGGGGCUAUGAGGUGACAGUUGAAAACUUUGUCCGGCUGUUGACCGGGCGAUUGCCCGCCGACACGCCGCGGUCGAAACAGCUGCUCACUGACGAGGGAAGCAACGUGUUAGUCUACCUCACUGGCCACGGCGGGGAUGGCUUUCUCAAGUUCCAGGACUCCGAAGAGGUCACCAGUCAGGAGUUGGCCGAUGCUCUCGAACAGAUGUGGCAGAAAAGGAGAUACCAUGAGAUUUUCUUCAUGAUCGAUACCUGUCAAGCAGCAUCUAUGUAUGAAAAGUUCUACUCGCCGAAUAUUCUUGCUGUAGCAAGUAGUUUGGUUGGCGAAGAUUCUCUUUCUGUGAGUUUAACAAUUUUAUCCACUGAUUUUCAAUUUAAUCACUUUCUUUCACUUUAUUUUUUCUUUGCUAUUUCAUAUUAUGUGCGUUUCUAA